AUGGGCUACGGCAUCCGUUUUGGCAUGGUCUGGGUGGACUACAAGACUCAGGAGCGCGUGCCGAAAAAGUCGUCGUACUGGUACAAGCAGGCCAUCGCAGACAACGGGUUCACCAUCUAA